AUGGACCGAGAGCCGCAGACUACAGAGUCGCGACGACACUAUCGACUGUUUGAACAACUCAAGAGCGCACAAUGUCACAAGAGCAAGGCAAAGCACGGCCAUUUCCACGAGGUUCUAAAUCAUGUUGCCCGACUUUGGCAACGACUGAACGAUCGGACUGCUGCAAGUGAACAUCCUAGAACAUUGAAAUCCUCUACGUCCAAAACCAAGAAGGAAGACCUUGGAUUCCUGGAAUUGGUAUGCCCAGAGGAUCCCACCGUCGAUAUCAUAGCAAUCCACGGCGAAUGGUCACAGAGAAAAGACUUGGAUGACAGACGAUGGCGUUCUUUGGCUACGCCAAUUCUUGCCGUCCUCAUUGCCUCGUGCCCGUAUCCUGACCUAUGGCUACGACGCCGACACUCACAGUACGGAGUGCGUAUCGACCAGACUAUGCGCCGCCACGCCGUCGGUCUGGCUCAAGCUAUUUUACGGAAGCGUAAAGAUGCUCCUCGACGCCCCAUCAUCUUUGUUGCUCACGAUUUGGGAGGCAUCAUUCUCAAAUGGGCGCUUGUCAUAUGCAACAAUGAGGACCUGGAAUCAAAAGACGGCCUACGAAAUAUCGUGGUAUCCACCCAUUCCAUCCUCUUCUUUGGAACCCCGCAUUCCGGCGUAGAAGAAACGCUCCUUAAGAAGAUCGUUCGCCUGGCAGCACCAUGUAUGGAAUCAACAGACGUCAUUGUCAAGAACCUUCACGCUCACUCGGAUGAACUCGAAAACAUCCAGAGCUUGUAUCUCACCGCGAGUAAAAAGAUAAACAGCGUCUUCUUCUGCGAGGAAUACAGCACCGGAGCCGACGAACAGCAGAUACGUUUGAAUGUUCCGUAUCACUCGGCGGUGAUCGCUGGCGAUCAAAACGCUAUUGCGGUCGUACUCCAUAGCGAUCACCAGAACCUUGUCAGAUUCCAGACGGAAGAGAGUGAAGAUUACCAAGCAGUUGCUUACUAUCUCACGGAGUGCGCUGAGAACGCCCCGAUGCCGUGCACAAAAUGGUUUAUGGAGAAUAACUUGCGCACCGUCGUGAAGGGAGGAACCAUCCCUCAACCAGGUAUGAACUAUCUCGUGUACACGAAGUCGCAUUCGCCCCAUCCUCUGUCCAUACCACCUGUCUACAAAGGAACUCGCCAGGCUGUCCUCGAGACAAUCUCGCAAUGGGCCGAUGGCGAUUCAUCAGAAAAACCGAUCUUCUGGCUAUGUGAUAUAGCUGGCUCUGGAAAAUCGACCGUCGCGAUGACUGCAAUGGAGAAGUGGAAGAAGCAAGGAAUCUUAGGCGGCGGAUUCUUCUUCUCCAUGGCAAGCAGCGAAAGCUCAGACACCGAAAAGUUUUGCUCGACCAUGGCGAGGGAACUCGCUCAACAUAUUCCGGAGCUUGGGACACCGAUUGCGGAGAUAGUAAAGCGGAAUCCUGCUCUCCUACGAGCCUCUUUUGAUCAACAGUUUCGAAUGCUCAUCACCGGUCCCCUCCAGCAUCAACAGAAGCAAGUAGUCCUCGUCUUAGAUGCACUCGACGAAUGCAAGUCUGGAGCACAGAGAAAAAACUGGUUGAGACUCUCGCUUCUGCUGCUCAGGAGAGCAAGAAUCUUCGGAUAUUCAUCACAAGUCGACCAGACCCUGUGGUUGAAAGGCCACCGCGACAACAUCGAUGACAUUGCGAUAUACGUCCAUCGAUCGCUCGGCAGUCUGCUAGCCUACGAUAAGAGGCAGCGACUGGUCAAUAAGGCCAACGGGCUAUUUAUUUGGGCAAGCACUGCGUGCCGGAUGCUCGACAACAAGUUAUCGGUGAUCAAUACAGAGGUCAUAUAUGAUCGCCUGAUGUCCAUCGAUGAGCCUGGUGCCAUCGACGGUCUAUACGACGUGAUUUUCGAGCGGAUUGAGCAAGAGUCCCAACCAGUCAUCGUUGAAAUGCUCGGUAUACUGCUUUCCGCAAUUGAGCCACUCACCAUGGACGAUUUAGACGACCUUGCGAAGCAUGCGAGUGUACAUGGAAGUGCCAGUGCGCUAGUACAGAAUCUGGGAAGCGUGCUCAAGCAGGAUCCAAUCACAUGCUUGAUCCAGUUUCGCCAUCCCACGUUUGUCGAAUACCUUCGACGACGUUGUAGCACCGAAAUUAUCGGCGAUUGCGACAGGAAUCUUAUCAACAUCGCGCGUGCACAUGGCCAAGCCGCGUCAUGGUGUCUUCACACUCUCAAAUCGCGCAAGGAGGGGCUCAAGUUUAAUAUUUGCCAAAUCGAGUCAUCCUUCUAUCUGAAUAGGCAGAUUACAGACCUUGACGCCCGGGUGGCGAAAUUCAUUUCGCGGAGGCUUCGCUAUGCUAGUUUGCACUGGUCGUUCCAUGUUGCUGCAAUGGACAGUGACUGGGGUCGCAGGCUAAGGAAUGAGCUGGCACGGAUAGUCAAAAGUCCAUUCGCACUCUAUUGGAUGGAGAUCCUCAGCGUGACUGGAGGAGUCAUGCGGGCAGUAUCUGGAUUGCGAGCUGCGACGCAACAUAAGAGUCUUGAGCAAGAGAUCCGAGCGCACCACAUCUACAUCUCAUCUCUCCCAUUCAGUCCACAGAAGUCGGUACUUCAUACGGAGGGUUUAAAGGAGUAUAUGAAUUCGUUAAUUGUGACCAGAGGGCUUGAAGAAACAUUUCGUGAGCUUCCCAGAACGCUGCUAGGUCACCAGGGUAGUGUCACAGCAGUUUCAUUCUCACCAGAUGGCACACGAAUCGUCUCUGGCUCUUUGGACAGGACAAUUCGACAGUGGGAUGCAGAGACUGGCCAGCCAUUGGGAGAGCCACUCCAAGGUCAUGAAUACUCGGUGAACGCUGUCGCAUUCUCACCAGAUGGCACACGAAUCGUCUCUGGCUCAAGCGACAGCACAAUUCGACAGUGGGAUGCAGAGACUGGCCAGCCAUUGGGAGAGCCACUCCAAGGUCAUGAAGCCUCGGUGAACGCUGUCGCAUUCUCACCAGAUGGCACACGAAUCGUCUCUGGCUCUUUGGACAGGACAAUUCGACAGUGGGAUGCAGAGACUGGCCAGCCAUUGGGAGAGCCACUCAAAAGUCAUGAAGACUCGGUGAACGCUGUCGCAUUCUCACCAGAUGGCACACGAAUCGUCUCUGGCUCAAGGGACAGGACAAUUCGACAGUGGGAUGCAGAGACUGGCCAGCCAUUGGGAGAGCCACUCCAAGGUCAUGAAGACGAGGUCAUGGCUGUCGCAUUCUCACCAGAUGGCACACGAAUCGUCUCUGGCUCAAGGGACAGGACAAUUCGACAGUGGGAUGCAGAGACUGGCCAGCCAUUGGGAGAGCCACUCCAAGGUCAUGAAGACCCGGUCAUGGCUGUCGCAUUCUCACCAGAUGGCACACGAAUCGUCUCUGGCUCAAGGGACAGGACAAUUCGACAGUGGGAUGCAGAGACUGGCCAGCCAUUGGGAGAGCCACUCCAAGGUCAUGAAGACCCGGUCAUGGCUGUCGCAUUCUCACCAGAUGGCACACGAAUCGUCUCUGGCUCAAGCGACAGCACAAUUCGACAGUGGGAUGCAGAGACUGGCCAGCCAUUGGGAGAGCCACUCCAAGGUCAUGAAUACUCGGUGAACGCUGUCGCAUUCUCACCAGAUGGCACACGAAUCUGGGAUGCAGAGACUGGCCAGCCAUUGGGAGAGCCACUCCAAGGUCAUGAAUACUCGGUGAACGCUGUCGCAUUCUCACCAGAUGGCACACGAAUCGUCUCUGGCUCAAGCGACAGCACAAUUCGACAGUGGGAUGCAGAGACUGGCCAGCCAUUGGGAGAGCCACUCCAAGGUCAUGAAUACUCGGUGAACGCUGUCGCAUUCUCACCAGAUGGCACACGAAUCGUCUCUGGCUCUUUGGACAGCACAAUUCGACAGUGGGAUGCAGAGACUGGCCAGCCAUUGGGAGAGCCACUCCAAGGUCAUGAAUACUCGGUGAACGCUGUCGCAUUCUCACCAGAUGGCACACGAAUCGUCUCUGGCUCAAGCGACAGCACAAUUCGACAGUGGGAUGCAGAGACUGGCCAGCCAUUGGGAGAGCCACUCCAAGGUCAUGAAUACUCGGUGAACGCUGUCGCAUUCUCACCAGAUGGCACACGAAUCGUCUCUGGCUCUUUGGACAGGACAAUUCGACAGUGGGAUGCAGAGACUGGCCAGCCAUUGGGAGAGCCACUCCAAGGUCAUGAAGACGAGGUCAUGGCUGUCGCAUUCUCACCAGAUGGCACACGAAUCGUCUCUGGCUCUUUGGACAGGACAAUUCGACAGUGGGAUGCAGAGACUGGCCAGCCAUUGGGAGAGCCACUCCAAGGUCAUGAAUCCUCGGUGAACGCUGUCGCAUUUUCACCAGAUGGCACACGAAUCGUCUCUGGCUCAAGGGACAGGACAAUUCGACAGUGGGAUGCAGAGACUGGCCAGCCGUUGGGAGGGCCACUCCGAGGUCAUGAAGACCCGGUGAUGGCUGUCGCAUUCUCACCAGAUGGCACACGAAUCGUCUCUGGCUCUUUGGACAGGACAAUUCGACAGUGGGAUGCAGAGACUGGCCAGCCAUUGGGAGAGCCACUCCAAGGUCAUGAAUCCUCGGUGAACGCUGUCGCAUUCUCACCAGAUGGCACACGAAUCGUCUCUGGCUCAAGGGACAGGACAAUUCGACAGUGGGAUGCAGAGACUGGCCAGCCGUUGGGAGAGCCACUCCAAGAUCAUGAAUCCUCGGUGAACGCUGUCGCAUUCUCACCAGAUGGCACACGAAUCGUCUCUGGCUCAAGGGACAGCACAAUUCGGCAGUGGGAUGCAGAGACUGGCCAGCCAUUGGGAGAGCCACUCCAAGGUCAUGAAGACGAGGUCAUGGCUGUCGCAUUCUCACCAGAUGGGACACAAGUUGUCUCUGGCUCCAUUAGUAGGACAAUUCAAAUCUCGAGUUCGGACAAUGUAUAG